AUAAAUUUUUAAAAAUCUUCGGGGAAUCGCAAGAAUUACGAAAUGAACUACCGUCACUGCAAGUCAGUACAUAUUUCCUUAACCUCACUUUUUUUGAGAUUUCUGGCUAAGGGUUAUCAAAUUUUGGAAACAUUCAUUUAAUAAAUAAAAUAUCCUUCGAAAUGUUCAAGAAAGUAUUUGGUGUCACCUCUACAAGUUAUUCUAUAAAUUUCACUAAGAUAUUGAAAUGCUCUUCCUACUCCAGAGAAUCUAUCGAAGUUCAUUCAACAACAAAAAAAUGUAUUGGGCAACCUACCCAUUAUACUCACCCUCAACUAUUGAAAGCUAAUGAAAUUACCCCUAUGAUAACAGUGAAAGAGUAUCAAAGUAGGAGAGCAAAAUUACUGGAAAACAUCAGUCAGUUCUGCAGCAGAAAGAAGCAAGUCCAAGACUUUAUGGUGAUAAUACCUUCUGCUUCAAAAAAGUAUAUGUCAGAUAAGAUUCCAUAUGUAUUUAGGCAGAAUACUGAAUUUUUGUAUCUAACAGGUUGUCAAGAACCUGAUAGUUGUCUCGUUUUGAUUAAAAGUGGAUAUGAUCAAUUUACAUCGGUACUCUUUGUACAAGGUAAAGAUGCGCAUUCUGAACUUUGGGAUGGUCCAAGGGUAUGUCCAUCCACAGUUAAUGAAUAUUUUGGAGUUGAUCAAGGUUUGCCUAUGAAGGAACUAGAGAAUUACCUACAAUUAAACUGUAAAACCAAGAAAGAUUUACAUUUAUGGUAUGAUCUUUUAUCACCUGUACAACUAAAUGUGCAUAAUGCUAUGCAAAAUAUGUUGAAACACAAUAAGAAUUUUCUGGAUUCACCUAAGGUAUUUAUUGAUCAAUUGAGAUUGAUAAAGAGCUCUGCAGAAAUCGAAUUGAUGAGAAAAUCAUGUCUAAUAGCUUCGGAAGCAAUCACCACUACAAUCGAAAAUUCAUUUCCAGGUAUAAAUGAGCAUGAAAUUAACGCAAAGGUAGAUUAUGAAUGUCGCAUGAGGGGGGCUCAAUACCUUGCUUACCCCCCAGUUGUGGCCGGCGGGAGCAGAGCAAAUAUUAUACAUUAUAUCACAAAUAAUCAGGUAGUUGGUGAAAAUGAAAUGGUUUUGAUGGAUGCAGGUUGCGAGUAUCAUGGUUACUCAAGUGACAUAACAAGAACAUGGCCAAUAGAAGGUAGAUUCACUAAAGAACAGGAAGAACUGUAUGAAGUGGUUCUACAAACGCAGAAAGAGGUCAUAGGAUUAUGCACGAAUUUACCUCCACUAGAUUCACUGUUUGAUUCAAUGUGCAAAAUUCUGGGUAAAAAAUUGCAGGAGUUGGGCCUUAUUCCAAAAUCCCUUUCCGGUACAUCACUUCUCAAGGCUUCCUACAGGUUUUGUCCCCAUCAUGUUUCUCAUUAUUUAGGAAUGGAUGUUCACGAUACACCGUCAAUUACGAGAAAUAUACCAACACGACCAGGGAUGAUAGUUACUGUUGAACCAGGGAUAUAUGUUCAGGAUAAUAAUGAAAUGGUUCCGAAAGAAUAUCGUGGAAUCGGUAUUCGAAUUGAGGACGAUAUUUUGAUAACUGCAAAUGGACCUGAAGUUCUGACAAGCUCGUGUCCCAAAGAAAUAACGGAUAUAUUGGAAAUUUCGUCGAAAAAAAAUUAGAUGGUGAAUGUAAUGCGUAUCCUGGUAAUUAAAAUCUGAAAAGUAA